AUGUCAAAUCAUAUUCAAAAUCGCCAUAGUUGUAAUAUUAAAACAAAUAAUUCAAAUAAUUCAGAAAAUGUCUUUAGAUAUAGUUAUCCAAACUCAAGACCAGGCAUCUUACAUACUAAGUUUGACAUCCCAAUUAAAAAGUCUACUAUUAAAAGAUUAUCAAAUAAAUCAGUAGAUUCUCAAGAUUCAGGAAUUGGUCUUUCCAAAGCAGAUUACGAGAUUAGAAGAGCAAUAAAAGCACAAAGAAUUAUUGAACGUCCACAGAUAAUUGUUAUUCACAAAGGAAAACCAAUAAUGACAAGUCGCAAUAACUACAAUAAUAGUAAUUCUGAAGAUCUUGAUGCCGAUGCUCACAUGAUAAUAUCAGCUGCCACGGCAUCCAAAAUACACCGAAGAGAAAUAGCUUUCACUAGAAGCAACGAUAUAGAAACAAACGAUAUCAAGAAAGAGAUUGAUAAUUAUGACGAGAAAAAGAAACCUCGAGGUUGCUCGUUCUUAAAAAGCAAACCUUCAAUAAAAAGAGUUUCAUCUGUAAUUAAAAAAUUAGUUGGAAAAGAAAAAAGAUUUAUGACAUGUGUUUACGUUAAUUAA